CCGCCACGUGCCCAUGCUUGCGGCGGCCGCACUCAGGACGGGAUGCUGAGCGCUGCGCGGGGCUAGUCCGGCCACGCUCCCUCCCGCUGCCCGCCCGGCCUCCCCAGCCCCGCUAACGGUGCCACGCUCCCAACUCUGUGACACAGCUCUUCUCGGGAUCGCAGCCACCCGGUUUUACACGCACUUGUUUUAAAAUAGGGAGCGGGGGAAAAAAGUGUUCUGGAGGUGGCACUUUCGUAAUUUUCAGUUUAUCAGUUCAGCUACCCGUUUGCCCAUUUUUAUUGGAAAUUUUAACUACCUGUAAAAUCUAAAGAUGGCUGUUAGCGUCACACCGAUCCGGGACACAAAAUGGCUAACGCUGGAAGUGUGUAGGGAGUUCCAAAGGGGGACUUGCUCACGACCAGACACGGAAUGUAAAUUUGCACACCCAUCGAAAAGCUGCCAAGUUGAAAACGGACGCGUAAUCGCCUGCUUUGACUCAUUGAAAGGUCGAUGUUCAAGGGAAAACUGCAAAUAUCUUCACCCACCACCACACUUAAAAACGCAGCUGGAGAUCAAUGGGCGCAAUAACCUGAUCCAGCAGAAGAACAUGGCCAUGCUGGCCCAGCAGAUGCAGCUGGCCAACGCCAUGAUGCCCGGAGCCCCGCUGCAGCCCGUGCCAAUGUUUUCUGUUGCGCCCAGCUUAGCCACCAACGCGUCAGCCGCCUUCAACCCCUACCUGGGGCCCGUGUCGCCAGGCCUGGUCCCUGCUGAGAUCCUGCCCACGGCCCCGAUGCUGGUGACAGGGAACCCCGGCGUGCCGGUCCCUGCCGCCGCCGCCGCCGCCGCCCAGAAGCUGAUGAGGACAGACAGGCUGGAGGUGUGUCGAGAGUACCAGCGUGGGAACUGCAACCGGGGAGAGAACGACUGCCGGUUCGCUCACCCCGCCGACAGCGCCAUGAUCGACACCAACGACAACACCGUCACCGUCUGCAUGGAUUACAUCAAAGGGAGGUGCUCCCGGGAAAAGUGCAAAUAUUUUCACCCUCCCGCACACCUGCAAGCCAAGAUCAAGGCUGCCCAGUACCAGGUUAACCAAGCUGCAGCUGCCCAAGCAGCAGCGACUGCAGCUGCCAUGACUCAGUCGGCUGUCAAAUCACUGAAGCGACCCCUCGAGGCAACCUUUGACCUGGGAAUUCCUCAAGCUGUACUUCCCCCCUUACCAAAGAGGCCUGCGCUUGAAAAAACCAAUGGUGCCACCGCAGUCUUUAACACUGGUAUCUUCCAAUACCAGCAAGCUCUUGCCAACAUGCAGUUACAGCAGCAUACAGCCUUUCUCCCACCAGGCUCAAUAUUGUGCAUGACACCCGCUACAAGUGUUGUUCCCAUGGUGCACGGUGCUACGCCAGCCACUGUGUCUGCAGCAACAACAUCUGCCACAAGUGUUCCCUUCGCUGCAACAGCCACAGCCAACCAGAUACCCAUAAUAUCUGCCGAACAUCUGACUAGCCACAAGUAUGUUACACAGAUGUAGACAUUUGGUCAUCAAACAAUGGUAUCGGCGGCGAAGAGGCCGGACUGGGGUGGGAAGAGGCCGAGCUCAUUAGCCAUAGUGUAUGUAAAUACUGUCCAGCAGCACUGGGAACCCCUCAGCAGUGACAUCACACAUUGCAUGUUAACGAGACGAAGCGAGACCGUGGGACUCCACUGCACACUGUUGCCUAUCUACUUUGUACAUUGAAUUGGUAUUUGUGCUGAGGUGAUUCUCGUCCGGCCCGCAGCAUCGUCCGCCUUUCCCGGCGCCGCCGGGCGCCGCUGGGCUCUCCCCACGCCGCCCGAAAGACCGACGAUGCUGUAACCAGACAUCUAUUAUGUAUUGGUACGUCUGUAGACCAAGAUAUAAUUUUUUAAAGUAAGUUUAUUUCUUUCAAGGUUUACAAAUAACGAAGGUGCACCUUGUAUUUAAAAUUGCCAUUAUAGACGAGAGCGUGCAUGCACAGUAAUUUUUUGUUUAAGAGUAAUAUUUUUAAUGUAAUAGAUUGUAAGAAAUGAGAAGAGAGGAAUCUGACAGAGAUGAAUGUGCCAAGCAAAACCACAACUGUGUAUAUUUUAAAGCACAUCAAUGGCUUUAAGUACCACGUUGUUAAGGAUUCUCAUGAAGUGCCAUAGACUGUACAUCCAUCAGAGUAUUAUUUCCACAGUGUUAUUUUCAGAACCACGUUUUCACUGACUUGAUGAGUACUGAUCAGUCAAAGGGCACCAUUCUGUUUCAAACCAAAGCUGUCUCAGAAAUGGCCAAUUGCUCCUCACAGCCAGUGGGCAGCAGCAGAGAGAUGCUCCAGCUGUGCAUAACCCUUACGGACAAUAUUACCUAUAAACUCUCCCAAGGCGUUGUAUGUCGUAUUUAUGCAUAGUUACUGUAUAAGGUGAUCUGCAAAGGGAAAAGCCAUUUCUGAGACACAGUAACAAAUGUUUGAGGAACUUCUUUUGCUCUAUUUAUAGCCUCUGUCUCGAGUCACAAGGACUAUAAAUGUUUUGCAGAGAUGGGUUUCACUUUAAUUCAUCAAGUCCCGCGUCCGCGGCGACUCUAAACAAAGACGCAGAAGCACUGACAGCAGAUGCAUGACAAACCAAAAUAGGACAAAUGAGACGUUAAUUAGUGUAGAAAUUGGGUGGGUUAAUACUCGGGUGAGUUUUAUAUGUGAUUUUUUUUUGUUCAGAUUAACUGCUUAUAGCCUUAGAAAGCCUUUACAAAAUAAAAACAAACAAAUAGAUGUGCAUUCAAGUUCUAAGAAUGGAUUCAUCCAAAGGAAUUCCUUUUUGUGGUUUGGAUGUUGCAGCCAGUAAAGGAUAUUUUUGCUCUGUUCAGCCAGGGGCUGCCUGGGGCCAGGCCCCGGGCGGGCAGGGAGGGAGAGGCGCGGGUUCGGUUCUAGAACUCGCCAUACUCCGAGUUUACCGCGAGUUUUUAUGCUUGAGAGAGAUGCUUUAUAGAUAAGAAUGAUGUGUUGAUUUUCCUGAUUGUACUGUACAUCUAUUAAAGCCUUAGAUUAUUACAUUACGGGUUAAAACCCAUACCAAUGUAAUUUCAAUCGUGUUAAGAAAGUAUAGGUGACUUCACAUGUUAUUGUAGUGACUUACCAUAGAGAAUUUACUUAUUUUUUUCUUGUUAAAAGUGUAGUUUUUAUUUCUUACAUUUAUUAGCUCGUUUUCAUUUUCUAUUACCAGUUGAUACCAUUUCAGUUCAUAGAAUUUUGUUUUAUUAGAGUUUACUGAUGACUUUUUCAAAAUACAAAAAAAAAAAAAGUAGUUUUCUUCAUAACAUACUCAGUUUGGAAUCUAUAUGUAGUGUCUUAUGAGUAUUCGUAUUAUUGUUAACUAAAUGAUUUCUAUUUUACUGAUCUAAUACGACAAUGUAAGAAUGUCAGUCAUUGUUAGUUCUUGUCUAGUUUUCAUUCAAAGAACAAAGAUCUUUUAUAUGGAUAUCUUAUAAUUAUAUAAUCAUUGCUAAGUAAGAAGUUAAGUUGUUGCUAUGGCAACAAUCCUGGCAGACAAUUGAGUAAUAUUUUGAUGAUUUAUUUUGUUUGUAAUUAGUUAUUAUGAGAAAAAAAAAUCUAGUUCCUAGAUAUUAAAAUUUAUUUUCUACUGUAUCCAUUUCAAAUGUUAAAAUAUUGUUUAAAUAUUUUUUGAAAUCCCUGAAUAUCAGGCCUUGUUAUAAAUAAGCUGCAUAAUCAAUAGAUCAAGGGACUUUUUGUUGAUAAUCCAAAUACUCAAAGUUUACGUAACAAGAAUUCUAGUGUGUGUGUGCAAACUCUUGAGGGUUGAUUAUGCUGCAGUUGGGACGUCGAGAGCGAAGGUUGACUUUUUGCACUUCUGUAUAUAGUCAAAAAAGAGAGAAACCUGUAUAAUAGUAAGAUCUUAUUUUGAAUAAAAAUGUCUAUAAUUACAAGGAGUUUUGUUAAGGCUAAAUAAAAUGACAGGCUGAACAAAAUUGCUUGCAAAAGUGGCACAGAGUUAGCACUCCAUCCCCCUUCCAAAAAGUUGCUUUGCUUUAUGUGGACAGCUUGUAGUUUGCCAGGAUUUUUUCAGCUGGAAAGAUCUGCCAUCCUUCCGAGAUCUCAUGACUGACAGAAGCUCCACUGGGUCAAAUCUGCCUGAAAAUCAUUAAGAAACAAAAAAAAGGAAAAAAAAAAAAGGAAAAAAAGAAAAAAAAAACGCAGGUACUUCAGCCCAUCCAGGGAAUCAUGGCUCAGAUAUUCCGUACAUUAUUCAAAAUCUACUGCAUGUUUAAAGUAUCAAAAUAUAUUAAAGAUAUAUGCUAUUCAAACCAGUUUCUGACAAUUUCAGUGGUUUCUUGUUCACAAAAAAAGAUUCUUCAAAACAAGUACUGACAUUCACAGAGUUCAACCAUGGACAGGCAAACGGAUCAGCACCCGUAGCUGUAGGGUAGGGGAUCGUGUUCUCUCGCAGGGGUCCUGUUCUUUCAGCAGGUGAGGAACAGCCUGGGAGAGGUUCCCUUGUCAUGGAAGCCGUGCAGGAGCCCGCUCGUGCUGUGGUGCCAGGGCUGGGAGCUGCCACAGUCAGUGAUUAAUGAAUUAAUGAAUUAACGAGCUGCAGCCCCCGGGCCAUCUGCUGGAAGGACGGGCGCGCUUGGGUUUGCUCUUACGUAACCACAGACUUACUUUGCUUGUAGUUGCUCCAGUUAUGUACUCUGUCCUGGGCUGCAAUUUGGGUUUAUGCUUAUUUUAUUAUUACUGCUAUAGUUGACCUUGCUGUAUGGAAAAAAUAAAGUGAAAUUGCCCUA